AAUGGCGCCUGUCCGGAUGCAGUCGUGUAUGUUGACAGUUCUACUUCUGAGCGUUUUCUGUAGUUUCGUCUCUUCUUUGUACUUUCACCUCGGACAGACCGAGAAGAAAUGUUUCCUACAGGAAAUCCCGGACGACACGAUGCUUGUCGGUAACUUUCAGACUCAGCUGUAUGAUGAACAGAAGGCCGACUACCUGCCGUCCAAUCAGGACCUCUGGAUGUUUGUUGAAGCCAAAGAUCCAGAUGAUAAGCUGGUUCUGUCUCGAUCAUACGUCUCACAGGGAACGUUCAGAUUCACAACACUCUACCCAGGAAGAUACCAAAUCUGCCUGCAGUCAGACCCUUCACAGCGCCCCCUGUCUGCUGGAGGAAUGUUGACGGUUCACCUGAACAUCAGACUGGGCGAACAGGCAAACAACUACACAGAGAUCGCUGCCAGAGACAAGCUGACAGAGCUGCAGCUGAGAGUCCGACAGCUGGCCGAGCAGGUCCAGCAGAUCCAGAAAGAGCAGCAGUACCAGCGGGUCAGAGAAAAACAUUUCCGUGAGGUCAACCACAACACCAGCAUGUGGAUCUUCUGGUGGCCCGUUGUACGCUCGCUCUACGUGGUCGCCAUUAUCACCUGGAGCACCAACUCCUGGUGAAGCUGCAGAUGUUCCUGCUUCAGUACACUUUGGACCUACAAGAAAAACAUAAAAAGGGACAAACGAAGUAAAACUUGUACAUUUCCAGAUGUCGAAAAAUAAUGAAAGAUUUUUAUUGAACGGAGACCCCCCCCCACAUGAGACGAUCAGGGCUAGAACGUGCAGGAUUUGGUCACCUUGAGAAGGCUGAUAUGGAGAGGAGCCCGAGCAGGAACUCGAGGCUAUAGAAGCAGAGCAGGACGGCGCUGAGGAUGACCUCCAGCCGCAGGACGAAGGUCUGCAGCAGCAGGUAGUACACGGCCAGCGCUGCACAGGGAAACAGGAUGAAGAGCGACACACACGACGCCAGAGAGCGCUCGCACAGGUUCCCCUUCCAGCCUGAAGAGACACACAGAGCGCCGAGGUCAUCGCCUCUCAGUCACAUGACUGCAGCUGCCGCAUUCGUCAGGGCUCGUUUCCCUUCAGAAGAAGCUGAAACUAACUCCCACAGUAAGAACACAUUCACACGAACUGGCUGAAUAUGACCGUCUGUCCACGCUGAACACCUGAGAGUUGAUAAAGCUGAAAACAUGCUUAUGUGACACCUGAGGUCACCUGCAUCUGGCUGCGUCAGAUGUCCAACGUCCACUAGAAACACAUUCAGAUAUUUCCUUUGUCUCUGUUCACACACAUCAGGGACACCAGCCUCUGCGGUGACGGUCUGUGGGACAGUAGAGUUAGUCAACAGGUCGUAUUUAUGACCUGAGAUAAAUCACAGAACUCAACUAAAACCGGACUGAACGCAGGUUUAACUCACUGACUCUGUCCCACUGAUCAACACAUGCUGGCUGUUGUUCAGCUGUUCCGUGUGGACGGAGACGUUCACACCAACACUGUGAAAACACGAGUGUGGACGCGGUUUUCUGUCUGUCCAGCUUACUGUGGUGUCCUUUUCUUUCCACCACUUAUUAGCAGCUGACAGAUCAAAAUCAUUUCCAGCUGCUCAGACAGGAAAGAAAAAACAUUUGCUGUGUUUUCAGCUUGAUCACAAGAUGUUUCAGGAUUUACGUCCUCUGAAAGGUUUCAUUUGUCCUCAGUCCACAAAGAGCUGUGAUCAUUCCGCCUCUUAUUACAACUCAAAUUCAGCUCAGUGGUUGAAUUGGUGUAAUAAAGGUUUCAGGACUAUAAACCAGCAGCCUGAACAGCACGACCAUGUAGCAUUUAGGACCAUAAACUGCAUGAAUGAUUCAUUUUAAAUCACUUACUCAUCACUAAUUUAUGAAAUUUAACACUGAUUAAACAGAAACUGUCAGAGCAUUCGGCCCAGUGCCUGCUGAGCUCUGGACAGCUUUUUAAAUGAUGGAGGAUUCUGAGCAGAAAACUGAACUGUUACAGACAAGAGACGUACGUUCAUCUGUGAGCAGACUCGUCUGCACCGUGCACCUCACGGAUCAACCACACAGCUACACCCAAUUACAGCCAGUGAUAUGACCACGUUACCACAAGUCUUCAUCACCCACAUGUGCACCUUUUUUGUGUUAAGUUGGUUAAAUGACGUUAAAACAUCGUAAUCAGAUUUAAUUUCUACUCCUGAAGCAGCUCAGUUCACCAAAGCCAGCGUCUGCAUCCAGACCCGCCCGGGGUCCCGACCAGGGUCCGGAUGCAGACGCGGGUCGACCCCUUCAGAUAGAGCCCUGAUGUGUCAAUGUGUCGUCUAAGUGGGUGUUAGCAGCAGAUAUCUAGCAGCUUUCUGACCAAACGAAACUACAUAUUGACCUUCAAACAGCUGCUCAUUUUUGCAUCGAGCCUCUUUAGCACAUUGGCCACUGCACAUCAUGACCUUUAUUAGAAAGAUGCAGCACUAAAUGAAAGUAUUAGAGCUCAGUUGGACAGAAAACUGCAACUCUGUUCAGGUGAGUAUCAGCUCAGAUCAAGUACUGAUUUAACUUGUUCUUAGACAUAAAUAAAACAGACCGAGUGAGUUCAGACGCUGCUGCUGUUGGAUAAAAUGCUCAUCUUCAUCACCAAUUAAAAAUAACCUUCAGCUGAUGUCCACAUGGUGGCAGCAAACAGGAAGUGGCCUCUGACAGACUGGGAACCGGUGGGUGAUGAUGUGAAUGCUCAUUUAAUGAGAUGUGGCUCUUUCUGUUGAAUAUUCCUGUUUGGUGUCUCACCAUAAAAGAUCCUGAGAGCCUCCAGACCGAGGAAGAGCAGCAGCAGCACCACAUCCAGAACCAGAUUAUCUGACGGGUACGGGAGUAAAAUCCCUGCACCGAGAAACAGAACAGGAAGUAAAAGGUUUAUGUUUAAACACAUACAGUAUUUUAACAUUAACUAAAGACGCAGGGAGACAUUCUGGAAAUGAUUCCUUGUUAAUUGGUCAGAAAAUCAUCUCGUCUCUAAUCGUUAAGACACCAACACUAUGACCUUUGACCUCUUUGCUUCAGCUGCCUGUAAUUUCAAAGCAGUGACAUCUGGAGUCGUCACUGCUGUAGAUAUUUUUAAAUGAGGGUUCUUUGACAUGCAUUAGGGCUGUUUUGUAUUUUCUAUCAUGAUGUAUUAUUCUAUGCUGCCUACACUUUACUGUCUAAUGUGCCUAAGAUUCGUAGAAUGUACUCUGAGUACGUGAUAUGCACUUUGUUUUCUAGCAUGUGCCUCUUGUUGGUUCACUUUAAUGAAUAAAAACUGAAAUAUU